CAAAGAUCCGACCCGAAUUUGCCCCUCAACUAUUUCUUUAUAUUUUCAGCAAAGACGAAGAACAGGCAGAGAAGAAAGAAACUACUAGAAAACUGGAGAGAAGCAAAUUCAAUGGAAUCAUUGAAUGCCUCAGAAGAUUAUCUUCCUCAACAAGAACAAUUACCACAACAGUAUUAUACAGGUGAAGACAACAGUAGUUUGUAUACAACUUCUGGAGUGAGCAUUGAAUUGGGUUGGUAUGUGCUUGCGCAAGAUCAACAGCAACUAGGACCGUAUACAAUAUCUGAAUUGCGUGAGCAUUACUCUGCUGGAUACCUACUGGACAGUACACUUGCAUGGUCCGAAGGAAGGAGUGAAUGGCAACCAAUUUGCUCGAUUCCUGGAUUGCUGACUGAUGUACCUGAGCAGAGCACUGGUGUUACAAAUUCAGUUUCUUUGACUUCUAAUGAUCCAUUGGAUGAGUAUGAAAAGUUUCAAAAGGAAGUGAAAGAGGCAGAGAACGAGCAAGCAGUCGAUGAGGAACAAAGGCCUUCAACGCCUCCAGAUGGUGAAGUUGAGUUUACUGAUGAUGAUGGAACUAGGUACAAAUGGGAUAAAGCUCUUAAAGUGUGGGUGCCUCAGGAAGAUCCAAACGAGAAAACUGACUAUCGUCUAGAAGAUAUGACUUACGCUGAUGAGGAGGAACUUUUCCCUACAUUGCCCGCUGACGUUGCUUCUGAAAAUGAAAACAUGGAUAACACUGAAGCUGAUAAGAAUGCUACAGAUUCAACUGAAACUGCAACAGCAACACAUAAUGGCAAGAGAAAACUGCCUGAAAAAGACGCUGAAAAGAAGGAAGCAAAUAAACCUCCAGAUAGCUGGUUCGAAUUAAAAGUCAAUACUCAUGUCUAUAUUACAGGGUUGCCAGAAGAUGUCACUGUUGACGAGGUGGUUGAAGUCUUUUCGAAGUGCGGGAUCAUAAAGGAGGAUCCGGAAACACAAAGGCCUCGAGUGAAGAUUUAUUUUGACAAAGAAACUGGAAGGAAGAAGGGUGAUGCACUUGUUACAUAUCUUAAGGAGCCUUCAGUUGAUCUAGCCAUUAAAAUUUUGGAUGGUGCACCUUUACGGCCAGGUGACAAAAUUCCUAUGACAGUUACACCAGCAAAGUUUGAGCAAAAAGGGGAGAGGUUCAUACCCAAGAAAUCAGACAAGCACAAGAAGAAGAAACUCCAAAAAGUUGAGCAGAAGAUGCUUGGCUGGGGUGGUCGCGAUGACUCAAAGAUAUCUGUUCCAGCUACUGUUUUGCUUCGCUACAUGUUCACACCAGCUGAAUUGCGGUUGGAAGAGAAUUUAUGUUCUGAGCUACAACAAGAUGUCCAAGAGGAAUGUUCAAAGUUUGGUCCAGUGGACUUAGUAAAGGUGUGCGAGAAUCAUCCACAAGGGGUUAUUUUGGUCAAGUUUAAAGAUAGAAGGGAUGCACAUAGGUGCAUUGAGUCGAUGAAUGGACGCUGGUUUGCUGGUAGGCAAAUCCAUGCUAGUGAGGAUGAUGGAUCUGUUAACCAUGCUUUAGUCCGAGAUAUAGAUGAAGAAACUGAUAGAUUGGAGAAGUUUGGAGCUGAACUUGAAGCUGGUUCAUAGAUGUGCUUCUGCAUGUGGAAAUAGUAGCAACACUUAUUUUUGCUUGCUAUACAACACAUGUCUGUGCACUCUCUGAAUAGGAAUCUGUUUUCUGAAAGAUUCUGACUUUCAUACUUGGUGAGAACUCCGAAGUCUUACAAAAAGUGGUUCAUAGAUGUGAUAGGCGUGGAGCUCGUGGAAUGCCAACUAGAUUGUAAUUGCAAGUAAUGGGUCAUCUCCUAAUUUUCUUUGGAGUACAUGUGACAUGAUCUAUUGGAAUGAGAAAAUAGUAUUUUCUUGGUGAAGUGGAGUAGAACUUUCGCUAGUA